UCAUCCGUCAGUCCCUGUGCUCGGUCUAAUUCUGUCUGAGCCAGUGGAGGUGUGGGUGGGGGGACAAGCUGCUCUAUCUACAAUCCCAGCCCUAAGCAGGCAAAGGGCAAAGACACGGGCCACGUUAACUUGGUCUCUGUCUGUCUCCCCAGCCUGAUCCACUGGGACAGAAGUCAGCUUUCAAGACUUUCUAAACCAAGACUCAUUAAAACUUUCUGAUGCCUGGAAAUAUAGUGCAGGAUUAAAUCCUGAGAAUGGACAAAGGGGUGUAGGGUUUCUGGUGGUGGCCUCUGGUUUAAUUUUUUCAUAUUCCCAUUUAUCACAAACCUUUUGGAUGACGUUGCUGGAUUGGAAUUAAACACUGGGAUUAAAUUGUGCAGACGAUCCAAGGAUUUACCACAAGUAUUUGUUUUCAUGGCAACAAAAUCUCCAUAAAGGAUUUAAGUUUUGUAACAGAAUAUUUAUUUUGAAACCAUGACCGAAGCAGCUGAAGCACGAACAUCGACCACUACAACCAUGGUCCUCGAUCACAAGAACGGAGACGCUGGGGCACCACCUCUGCGGGUGUUGAAGAAAUCUUUUACAGAUGACUUUUACUCUACUUUCAGCUCCCCGCUGGCCUGGAUCUUGGUUCUGGCUCUUAUCAUUACUUGGUCUUGUGUGUUCGUCAUUAUGUUUGAUCUAAUGGACUACAAGACCAUUUCAGGUCACCCACCCAGGAGGGUUUUUAAGGAUUCAGGGCGUAGAGGAGGCCUCAGCAAGAUCAGCUCAGACCCCAUGAAGGCGGUAAACGAUGCCGUGGAUGAAUCAUCAAACAUAAUCACAGGAAUAGUGAAAUUUGCUGCCAACUUAAUUGCUCCAGACGACGAUGAAGGAACUCUAUAUGCAGUCAGAAAAAAAGGAGAAUUUCUACCAUCACGAACUAAAGUCAUAGGAAUGCAAGCACAAAAGCAACCACCAAUGACUGAAGUUCUGGAGGAUGAAAAGGGGGAGGGAGAGGCAGAGGGAGAAGAAGGAGAUGAAGGAGAGGAGGCUGGGGAGGACGAAGAGGAGGAGGAAGAAGGGGAAUAUGAGGAAGAGGAGGAGGAGUAUGGAGAUGAAUAUGAGGAAGAGGAGGAGUAUGAUGAGGAGUAUGGAGAUGAAUAUGAUGAAGAGGAGGAAUAUGAGGAGGAAGAAGAAGUAGAUGAGGAGGAGGAGGAAUUGGAGGAGGAGGAGGAGGGGGAGGAGGAAGAGGCCAAAGGAGAUGAAGAGCAGGAAGGCGAAGAACUGGAGGAUGAGGAAGAGGAGGAAGGCGAAGAACUGGAGGAUGAGGAAGAAGAGGAGGGGGAGGAGGAAGAGGCCAAAGGAGAUGAAGAGCAGGAAGGCGAAGAACUGGAGGAUGAGGAAGAGGAGGAAGGCGAAGAACUGGAGGAUGAGGAAGAGGAGGAGGAUGAUGAAGUUUCUCCUGAACCCAUUUCCACUUCUGAGGAUGAAGAGUCGGCUGUAUCUCCUGAUUCUGAGUCCGAUGUUCCUGUUGGGGUGACAGACAGUGACGAAGAGGUAACUUUACCCGAAGAAGAUGAUGAAAACGACAAAGAAGAACAGGAUGAAGAUGAAACCAGUGACGAUCAACUUCUUUCCAGUGAAGAGGAAGAGGGAGAGGACGAGCUGGAGGAUGAUGAAGAAGAUGAUGAAGAUGAUAGACUAGCUGAGGGUGUUACUGAUAGUGAUGAUGUCAUUGCAGAAGACACUAGCGAUGACCUGGAUCUUCCUCCUAUUGUAGCUGGUAGUGAGGAUGAGGAAGAUAUUGAUCACAAACUGGCAGAGCAAGAAGAUGAAGAUGAAGAAGAUCUUUCUCCACUUCCUGCUGAAGAUGAAGACUUGGAAGAAGACAUAAAAACUGUAGAAGACACAGUCGAGGAGGAAGAUGAUGAGGAGCUGGACCAAUCAGACGAGGACAUCUCUGUUGCAUCCUCCGAACACUUUGCAGAUGAUGAAGAUGAUGAAGAUGAUGAAGAAGACCUUAAAGAUGAUGACCUUGACCUGGACUUUGACAAAGACAUCCUUGAAGACCUUAAACACAAAGAUGCUCAAGACAAACCUGAUGUCACUGAAGAGGGCAUCCCUGAUGAUGACAAAGAGGAAGAGGAGGAGGAAGCUGGCAUUCCUCCCUUUACGAGCACAGACAGCGGCGUCUUAGGUGAUGAAGAUGAUGAGGAUGACAUUUCCUUUGAAACGGAUGAGGACUCCACUGGAGAAACAAUUCUGAGUGACUCUUAUGACACAACUGAUGAUAAGGAUGUUGAUACAAGCUCUUUAGAUGAGGAGGAUGAAGAAGAUGAGGAUGAAGAUGAAGAAGAUGAUGGUGUUAGUGAAAUCUUGAUGGCAGCUGCUGCUGCAGGAACAUUAACUGUCCAGGAGGAGGCAGCAAAGACUGAUGAAGACCAUGAAGAAGGGGAUGAGCUCGAAGAGGCUGAAGAUGAAGGAAAGACUGAAGACGCAGAAACAAAAGAAACAGGCACCACCCGGCCUGCAGCUCCAGAGGAGAAGGAUGAGGGCAAAGAUGAAGAGCCAAUUUCUAAACCUGAGAAAUCUGUAGAUGAACAAGAAGACAAGAAAGAGGAGUAUGAUGAAGACGAAGAUGAGGAUGAGAAGGCAUCGGUGGAUGUGAUCAAACCUGUUCCUGGACCAGAGGAGACAGCGCCAAAGACAGAGCCCACAGUGUGUCCCUGUAUGCACUCUGCAAAGACCAAUGAGUCUCCCACUAAGACUGCUAAGGCAAAAGAUGCUCCCAAGAGAGUUUCUGCUGUGAGAAGGAGAAAAGAUCGGGAAACUGUGAGGACUGUAAAGACUCUAAAGACAGCUGAAAAGCCCAAAAAGACAGCUCUUCCUAGAAUCAGCCUGCCUCCGAAAAUCACAAAGAUCCGAAGAUUUCCUCCUUUUCUGAAAGCCAAGAAAGUAGAUAAACCCAAGGCUUCCAAAACAAAGACAAAGACCAAAAAGCAAGAACAGGUCACAGACUCUGGACAAGAAGUUGGGCCUUGUAGACCUGCACCAGUUUAUUGCCCGUCCCCACCUGGAUGGUAUGUUCAUCACAUAGUCACAGACAAUCCUUACCCUCCUCCUACCAUGUCAGCUCCCUCUGCUCCUGUACUGACCGCCCACCCUGUCCAUCCCGGAGCCCCACAGGGCAUUUAUCAGCAACAGCCUCCGCCAGCACCAAUGCAUCCACUGUACGCACAGUAUCAACCAUAUCAGCCACCACUUCAGCCUGUGAUGCCGCCUCCACCAGAUCCAGUUCAGCCACUCCAGCCUGUACAGCCAGAAGCUGCAGAAGAAGAAGAAAAAGCUCCUGCCCAACCUGAGGUCCCGUCUCCAGCUGUUGAAGCUGAGCCUGCUGAUGCUCCGGUUCAAGAACCAGAGGCUGCUGAGGAGGACGUGAUUGCUGUCUCCACAAAGAAAGCAAAAAAAACAACAACAAAGGCUGCUGAUUCAGACAAAGAGCCAGGAGCAGCCAAAGGGAAAACAAAGAAAGAUGCUGCCGUUUUGAAAGACAAAACCAAAGCAGACACUGCAAAGAAAGUGGCAGCUGCUAAAAAAGAGAAAAUCAGAAUUCAUGCAGGGGCAAAAACAGAUCCAUCUGCAAAACAUAAAACUAAAAGUGCUGCAGCUCCUAAGAAAGAGCCUGCGGCUGAAAGACAGAAGAGGAAAUCAGCCUCUGAAAAGACAGCGGCACCUAUCAUGAGCAAAGUGAAGGCAUCGACAGCAAAGACAGAUCCAGAACCACGUCCACAGCCACUCAGACUGAGACCGAGACUUGACAUUGGCAGGAGGGCAAAUGUAACCUCUGAAGCCCACGAGGAGAAACCUGCCAGAUCUGAACCAGCCAAGCCAAGAUCAAAAUUAUUGGCAGCAAAGAAAAGCCAAGCAGAGGAGGCUGAAAAGAAAUCUGUCAAAGAGACUCAAGAAAAAGAGAAACAAGCAUCAAAAACUGAAGAUCCCAAGAAAGAAGAAAAUAUUACAGACAAGAAGAAACCUGGGCAGAGAUUCUUUCAGUGCGUUUAUGUCCCUGGCAAAAAUGCCCAGUACCCUUUACGACCUUUCACUCCAGCCAUGUCCCCCACCAUGAUGUCUCCUGCACUCAGAGCCAUGUUGGAGCAGCAGAGAGCAGCCAAGGCGUCUGGGCAGUAGGACCACCUGAAGCCUUUCUUUAUAUCUGACAGCACUGCAUCUUUCCAUCCAGCAGGGGGAGGUGUUUGAAUCUGUGCUAGCUUUACAUUAAGAGGAUGAUCACAGAGAGAGAAAAAAAGUGGACUGACUUACUUUGUCUUUAAUUUAUUGAAAUAUUCUUUUAGUGGUUGAGCUCCUGGGGUUGCUGUUAAUAUUGCCCAUUUUACCCUCUGCGUAUGCUGCUCUACUAUGUCUAUGUUCAGUUAGAAAAAUGCCAUCUUGUGAAUAUUCUUUUAAUUAUAAAUAGUAUUUAUAAUGUACUUAAUGCAUGUUUUUAAUUUAGAAUGGGAUAAAUGGGUCACAACUUAGGAUGUAAUAUAAAAAGCUGACUUUUGUGUUGCUUUCUCUAUGAUGCCCGUUAUCAGAUUUAACAGUAAUUUAAAUUUAAGGCAGUUUAGUUUAUAUCCAAGCAAACACUUAUACUCUAUUAAGACAAGCUUUUAUUGUCUUAAACAGCUUUGAAUGGUUUAUUUUCAAAGUCUAAGAUUAUUUGCAACAGGAAAAUAUAUUACAUUGAAUUAUAUACAUAAUAUAUGUUAAUGGUAUCAAACCCAUGCAAAUACAUUUCACAAAAUAUGAUUUAUUUGAAUAGUAUUUUUUCCAGUUUUCUAUAUAAAUAACUGCAUUUUCAGUUCCUGUAACCAUGCCCCGUGUUUGUUUCUGCUGCUUUGCUGCAUCUGCAAUAGAACAGAAUCCAAAUGUUGGAGGGUCAAAUCCCAGGAGCUCCCACACUGAUCUGAGCAGCAUCCCUGUCACUGAACAUCCAUCAGCCUCAUCAAUCUUAGGCGCAUGCUGUGAUUGAUGCACACAUAUUUCUUGACAUAUUAAGAACACAUCUAGCAUGAAACUGUUGGCCAUUUACCUUUCACUGCUAAUGUUUUAUUUUGUUUGUUUGUUUUUGUAGAGGUUCAUUUCAAUAUGUUACAUGCCACAUUUUAAUUUUAACUGACUCCAAUCAAAGUGGUGUAUUGGAGAUACUAGGGUAACCAGAAAUGGCAGAGUAGAUGAAUAAAAUAUAGAACAAUCUGAAAAAAUAAAUAUUUUCUAACAUUCAAGAGGCACUGAAAAGAUUUGUAUAUCUCUAUGAAUACAAACUCAAUAAUGCAAUGCAGUCUCAUUGCACAUAUCGAAGCUCCAAAAUUAAAUUUGGAUCCAAUUAAGAAACAUAUUUAAAUGAAACAUAUAGCUAAGUAAGAAAAAGGGGAUAUAAUUAAAAAAAACAAAACAUUUUCUUGUGUAUAUACAAUAAUUAUUAAAUAGUCUAGGUUCUCUGUGUAACUUGAAGCAGCUUAUAUGUGGGACUAUGGGCUUUUCGGUGGUGGUUUAUCGGCCAUAAAGGAUAUGAGUAUGCAGCAAAAUGUUUUUGUUGCGCCUCAUUAGGUUUAAUAAAUUCAGAAAACCUCUUUUUGAUUUGUUUUUCUUUUAAAGCCAAAGAUUGCAAUACUGUGCUUUUAUCUUAAAAAUGAAGUGCAAUUCCUGGAUAGUAAAUGUCUUGUAAUUAUGUGUUUUAUCACAGAUGACCUCUAAUUACUUACAAGUAUCAGCUCCUUUAACUCAUCGUGUUCAGAGGCAGGGACAACUUUGAUGUGACCAACUCAUGAGACACUGUGAUGUCUGCUACACUGAAUGAAUGUCAUUUGUGUUAACCAUCAGCUUAUUUAUUAAGUCUGAUCUUGUCAUAUUUCUUUUUACCUCAGUCAUUCAUAGCUCUGGUUUUGUGCCUUAUAGCAACAUGGCUGCCUUGUUGACGCUGCCAAACUGUUGCCGAGCAUCACCAGUGAUUGCUGUUGCCGUCUUACUGAAUGAAAACUUGAUGCAAAGAACCAAAAAAGGUGUUUUUACGCUGGGCUUAAUCCUGGGAUAUGACCCACCCUUGCCCAUAUUGUGCUGUCACAUUCACCUUUUAACAGAGUGAGUUCCUAAAGACAGACGAAACUACUAGUUUUUAAUAGCUAGUCCAUGUUUUAAAAAUGCUUUUGACAUAUUGUUGCAUUUUUACCAUAUUAUGACCCUGUGGAUUGAGCUACAUCAAUUAUUAAAAAGUGUUUUUUUUUUGAGGUAUGGCAGUGAAGGGGGGCUCAACCAGAGUUUCUUGAACUUAUGAGGGCCAGGGACCUCUUAGAGGGGUGAAAGUUUUCCAACGUUCCCCUCAUAAUCCACAUUUAAAGCAGUUAAGAUGCUUUGAUCUUCGUGUUACUUGUUGUCAUGGACUGAUUCAGAUAUUUCCCUGUGCUAGCUUGCUAGCUAGUCAUCUAGCUAAUAUGCAGCAGAACAUUUCUGCUGUCCUUGAGUGUAGUUACAGAGUUUCUACCAAAAUGACUCAAUGCACCAUAUUGAUAUCAGACUCUCUAUUAACCCAAAGAAAACCUUGGGGAUAGAAAAGGACUCAAUAUAUAUUCAUACUUUUUUAAACUGUGAAAUUGUUACCUUUCAUUAAAAUGCACUUUUAAUGAUGCAGCACAGAUUAUACAAUUUAAUGCAAAUUAUUUACAGACCUCUUGGCUAUGAGAUAUCAACUGCAGCGCCGACUCACCAUUGUACCUACUAUUCCCAACUGUAUUGUAACUUUUUCUUUUUUUUAAAAGCCUUAAACUGUAUUUGGUGACAUUGAAUUUAGAGGUGAGUUUAGAGAAAGUUACUUGAAAACUUCUGCUUAAAUUUUGCAGACUAAAAAGAGUCAUACUUCAGUUUUAUAACAUAAUUAGAAUAUUUUUUUGUUCUUUUUUAAGAGUUAGUUCUAAACAAAGUGAUGUUUACUGAUAUGGACUGAAAACUUUCAUCACUUGUUUUGCCAAUAAUUUGUUGCCAAAGAUUGCACAGUGGCCAUUUUGACUAAAACUAGUGUGUUGCAACAUUAAAGAAGGACCUGCCCCUUUUAGGUGAAAGUCCAUAAUUUUGGUUUCUGGACUUCUUUUUUGUUUUUAUUUAGUUUAUUUCAUUUCAUUUUUCUUUAUUCCUGAGUUUAACAGAACAUUGAAUGUAAAGUUUUUUGUAAACUCUAAUUUUAUAAACAAGUCUGAAGUGAAGUGUAUCCCUGAGGUUUCAGUAUUACCCUCCAGGGGUGAGGUCAGCAGUCCUGAAGUGGUAAGGAAGCCUAAUGAGAUCUGACAUCAUGUACUGCUGCAACUGACUGUAGGUGUUGUAAGUGUUAGUUGGAGUAAGUUAUUACCUUAAAAUGUGGUUUUUACUGGUGUUUUGAUUAAUCAUAUUCCAGAAGGGCAUUUCAGCAGUAGUCUGCUUGUGCCUCAGUGUUCUGAAGGUCGUCAAAACAUAUAAAAUGAACAGUAAUUACAGCAUAAACUGUGGCUAUGUGCUGUAAUUAUGUUUUAAAGUGUUAUUAACUGUAAUUUAACGUGAGCUAAAUCGUGAUCUCAUACAAGAAAACAAACCAGAAGGAACACACAAAAACAUCAGAGCUCUAUCUAAUGUAACUCCAGGUUCUUCAUACAUAUUCAUGUGAGCCUACAGGUGUAAGGCUGAGUUCAACUUGACUACUCUACAUCCCUGAUUAUGUUUUAAGUACAUGCGUUUGGAUGGUGUUGUUAAAAGCAAGUGAUCUGCUUGAUCUUAUGCAUGUUUUUUUUCUGAAAAGCUGUAGUGCAACACUUACACUUUUGCUUCACUGUAUUUCACUAUGAUGUGUUGCUGUCAUAUUUGUCUUUCAUUCUUUUAUUGGUUUGUAGUUAUCAGAAACCACAGACAAUCUAAUUGAUCUGCGAUCUCCAAGCAGAAUAAAAAAUAGUUGGCUUUCUUGUAGAUGCUUCAUCUGGGAUUGGAGUGCAGUUUAACACUCUUUAAAAAAGUUUAAUUCCACAACAUACAGUUUGAGGUUGUUUUGUUUUGGAAGGAUAUAUUUUGUUAACAAAUUGUAAUAUUUUCUGCAUGAUAAUGUCAUUUAUUUAAAUUCAAGGCUGCUUUUUUGUAACACACAAGUAAGACUGCAGUGUCACAAAAAGCAGUCACUCUGGUGCUGUACAAAUACUGUAGAUAAUAGUUAAUUUCUUAUUAUCAUGAGACUUGUCACUCCAUUAGUUCUCAAAGAUAAUAAUAAAUUAGUUAACACGUUUGGUCAAAAAACAGUUUUAAAUGAAAGAUGUUUUUUUGUGCUUUAUCAAAGAUGUAUGAAAAUGAUGUUUCAUUAAGAGAAAGUAUGAACUACCUGCUGCAUGUACUAUAAAGCAGAUGUGUUUAAUUCACUCGGUCACUUUCCAGAAGCCAGUUAAGUGUCAUAACUGACAUUUCAAGCUAUAAUAUCAUUGGAGGGACAACACUGAGUCUGCUGUGCUUAUGUAGGAAACUUUUACCACUAUGCAGUUUUUGUGUCAAAACGUGAAUAAACUUUUGAAGAUAUCCAUGA